AUGAUAUAACAGAAAUGUUAAAAGUCAAAUACUAUGAUAUAAAAAACAGAACAGCAUGAAGCGUGAGGUCUACUUGUGUUCGUCACCUUCACUCUAACCUCACCCCAACAAAGUCUACCGAAUAAUUUUUUCUUAUUUAGUUAAAGCUUGUCUCAGAAAAACAUUUUGAGAGGGAAUAUUGAAUUUUGGAUAAGAUAUUCAAGAAUAGAAAAAUAAUGAGACAAGAGUGGUGAUCUUCUUCUUCUUUUUAAGAAAGAGAAGUGACUCAUUUUAGUGGUGUACAUUUUUUGUCAACAGUGGGGGAGGAUCCUUCCUUUGGAAAGAAUCUGAAAGUUUUAAAUCUUGUUCCCACUCCUUAAAAAUAGAAUUAAAGUUUUAAAAGGAGGCUCAUCAGAUCAUGAGUAAACACAUAUAUAUGAGAAGCAAAGCAGUGCACUCCGUCCAAAGAUCUGCUCCUCCUCCUCCUCUUCAGGCUCCCAAAGAUGAGUCAAAGAGAAAUCAACUAGAUUGUGUCACUGAAGAGAAGCCUAAGGAGAAGGAGAGCUUCUUCUUGUCUUGGUAUAAACACCAUUUGAAGAACUUUUUUCACGCUGUUAAGUUUCCCAAGGAGCGAAAAGGAACUUCUGUUGUGAAUCCUGAUAAUGAUGAUGAUGAUGAAGAAAAUGAAUAUGAUGCUGGCCUGGAGAAGAAGCCCAUGCAGAAUAAAGAGGAACCAACAAUAGUAGUACAAGCAAUUACUCUACCUGAAAUUUCAGAUCCCUCUUUACUGUUAAAAGAGCAGUCGAGACGUUCCCUUUAUACUUCACUUCCUGCUCUUGUUCAAGGCAGGAAAUGGGUAUUGCUCUACAGUACAUGGAGGCACGGUAUAUCACUGUCAACGCUAUACAGGAAAAGCCAACUCUGGCCUGGUCUCAGUUUACUGGUUGUCGGAGACAAAAAGGGUUCGGUAUUUGGUGGUCUUGUCGAGGCACCUUUGAUUCCAACUGAUUAUAAGUAUCAGGGAACCAACAAUACAUUUGUUUUCACUGAUAAGUCUGGACAACCCACAGUAUACCAUUCCACAGGUGCAAAUCGGUUUUACACGUUAUGCUCAAAGGACCUCCUAGCUCUCGGCGGUGGUGGACGGUUUGCUCUCUAUCUAGACAGUGAGCUGCUACACGGAUCAAGUGCUUGCUCAGAGACAUACGGGAACUCUUGUCUUGCAAACUCUCAGGACUUUGAUGUUAAGGAAGUGGAGUUAUGGGGAUUUGUGUAUGGCUCAAAGUAUGAUGAGGUUCUAUCUCUCAGCAGGAAAACCGAGACUAUUUGCAGGUGGUCAUGAUCCUCCUGGCGAAUAUUAUUAAAUGGAAGUAACAAGUGCAGUUUUCUUUUGUAAUUGUUGUUUUCUUUAUCUUAUAAGUGGUUUAAUGACAUCCCAAAUACACACUCAUUCGUAACUCUGAAAUCUUUUGAUUGUUGUAAUGAUACUGAAAUUAUCAAACAUAAAACUCAAUUUUGAAUA